CUGACGCGGCGGCUUUCGGAUGAAUCACUGAUGAGGUCGCUGCUGACAUGGCGGCCCCGGGGAAGUCGGAGGAUACCGUGGCUUGUAGCGGUGUCCAUGUCCUCCGCUUCCCCGGGGCCUCCCUGCUGCUGUUGCUGUGUGUGUUGAUGUUGCAGGCUGGGCUAUCAGUUGCGCUCACAGAGGGUUUGUACUGUGGUACUCUAGUGUGUUAUGAUGUGCUUGGGGUAAGCCGGGAUGCCAGUAAGGGGGACAUCGCUAGAGCAUACCGGCAGCUAGCCCGUAAGUACCACCCGGACCGACAUCGAGACACACCGGGACCAGACGGGGAGACUCGGGAAACGGCGCACAACAAGUUUUUGCUGGUGGCAACAGCAUAUGAAACACUUAAGGAUGAAGAUACACGUAAAGAUUAUGAUUAUAUGUUGGAUCACCCAGAGGAGUACUACAGACAUUACUAUCAUUACUACAGCAGGAGGCUGGCACCAAAAGUUGAUGUGCGAAUAGUCAUUCUUGUUUCAGUUUGUAUCAUCUCUGUUAUUCAGUUUUACAGCUGGUGGUCUCGUUAUAAUGAAGCCAUUAAUUACCUAGUGACGGUGCCAAAAUACCGAAUUCAAGCAACCGAAAUAGCAAAGAAGCAAGGUCUGUUCAACCGAGCCAAAGACAAGGGGAGGGGCAAAAGAAGCAAAGAGGAAAUUAAAGAAGAAGAACAGGAAAUAAUCAAGGACAUCAUCAAAAACAAAAUAGACAUUAAAGGAGGCUACCAGAAACCACAGAUAUAUGACAUCUUACUGUUUCAGAUAGUCCUUUUCCCUUAUUAUGUGUUCGGAUAUCUGUCUUGGUAUGUGUGGUGGAUAUACACCUUCAGUAUCAAAGGAGAAGAGUAUGGUGAAGCAGAGAAACUAUACCUCAUACGGAAAAAUAUGAAGAUGUCCCAGUCUCAGUUUGACAGCUUGGAAGAGCAUCAGAAAAACACUUAUCUCGAGCAGCAAUUGUGGUUAAAAGAAAAAUUUGAAGCUUACAAGCAAGAGCAGGAAGAAGAGCUGAAGAUUAAAAUGGCUUCAGAUCCUCGGUGGAAGAGAUACAGAAGAUGGAUGAAAAAUGAGGGACCAGGAAGACUAACAUUUAUAGAUGACUGAAAUAAAUUGCUUUCUUGGUGCUAUCACAAAAUAUUUUCAUAAAAUAAAUUAUAACAGAAUUUUCUUUAUCUCCCCCCCCCCCCCUUUUUUUGUUUUUAAAACUGUUUUGAUCAUUAAAAAUUCUUCAGCCUACAUCUAAGAAAGGAAGAUGAUUAUUUUUGUGCUAAAGUUCAAUUCUAAAGGGGGCAAAGUAGACAAAAGGGAGGUGAUGAACACAUUUUCAGUUGUGUACAUUUUUAAUAGUAUAUUCAAUUUGGAUUGUUUUACAAGUUUUAUACGCAGUGAGAGAAAUCAAUAAUAAAUCUAUAGAACGAUCAAUUUUAAAUAAAUAUGUAUUUUGUAUCUUGGUAAA